CUCUUCCACCAUAGUGCUUCAACUUUACUUUGUCAUUUUCAUUCAAUAAAAGAAAAAACAGGAAAAAAAUAUCUACAAAUGGCUUCAUCGGAGAUUGUAGAUUCCGGGAGAUUUUCCGGUCAGAAAUCUCAUUUCUCUCACACAUGUAACUUGUUGAGCCAAUACUUGAAAGAGAAGAAAGGUUCUCUUAGCCUUGAUAUUCACCGCAAUUUUGUUUCAGCUGGUUCCGCUACUAUGGAUUUGUUGCCAAUGAUUGAGAAAUCAGGUGAGAAAUCCAUGAAUCUGUUCCCUCAAGCUGCAAUGAAGACUGAAUCGGAACAGGACAAGGCACAGAUGACGAUAUUCUACGCAGGUCAAGUUGUUGUGUUCAAUGAUUUUCCGGCAGAUAAAGCUAAGGAAAUCAUGCUUAUGGCUAGUACUAGCAAGGGAAACAACACACAGAAUCCUGGAAAACAAGUGGGAUCUGCUGCCGAUUUGGUUGCCCCUGCGGUUAACAGGGUCCCCAGUUUCGGAAACACUUCGAUCCAGGAAAAUCAAACCAUUGUUUCUGAUUUACCAAUUGCGAGAAGAGCUUCACUAACAAGGUUUUUGGAGAAAAGAAAAGAUAGGCUGACUGCAAAAGUACCUUACCAUAAACCAGUAGCAGUUCCUAAGCAGGAAGAAAACAAGGGAUGGCUGGGAUUGGGUGCUCAAUUUCCAGUGAAAACUGAGCAAUACUAGCACUACUACUUCAUCUUGGCAUUGAAACCCCAAAACUUAGAUCUGACUAUUAUUAUUAAUAGAUUUCUGUAAUUAAUUAAAACCAGAUAUAUGGUUGUUUUCUAGGGCAUGGUAUUCAAUUCAUCAUCCCUCAAGUUUUCAUUUUCAAUGAAAUGUGGAACAAUUUCUAUGUGUA